AUGAUGUUGAAUGAAAAACAAGUAAUAUUCGUUGGUAAUAUCACUCAAGAUACAAUUAUUACCUUUGAGAAAGAUCAUCACCAACAUACUCCGAAUGGUAUUUCAUCAUCACAACAUCAUCACAUUGAACAAGAAUUAAAUUCCGAUGAAGAUGCUAAUUCAAUUCAUUAUCAAGGAUAUAGAAAAAUAGUCAACAAAUCACUCGGAGGAUCAGUCAUGUUUGGAUGUUUAGCCUUUCAACAUUAUAUGAAGAAUAUUGAUAAUCAAAUGUAUUAUUCUAAUAAUCAACAUUUUAAAAUUCAUCCUAAAAUAUUGACUAAAAUUGGAAAACAUGAUGUGAUGAUUUUGAGUCAGUUUUUCAAUGGGUUGGAACAUGCUGCUAAUGAAGAUGAUUCAAUAACAAUGGUUGCAUGUGAAUCUCCAAUAAUUAAUAAGCAAUUUCACAAGACAUUCCAACCUGAUCUGUCAGAAGCCAAACAUUUAAAAAGAAUGAAAAUGUUUGACAUGAUUCUUGUUGAGGAAGAUCAAUCAUCUAAAUUAACUCAAUAUGAAUUAUUAUAUCCUCCAUUUGAUUCACUUGAAAAUGCUUCUAACAGUAGAAGCUUGAAUUGUAGAGAUAGAGGAAGUAUUUUCAAACAAGAUGAAUCAAUUAAUUUAAUGAUUAGAGAAUUACAUCAAGUUAGAGCAUUGCUCUUUGUUCCAGUAGCUGCAGAGUUUGAUCAUCACUUUGUGAAUGCUUUUACAAAUCAGGUUUUUAAAGAAAUUCAGUCAGAUUUUCUAGUUUGUACUGAUAUUCAGGGUUAUUUGAGAAAAAUUGAUACAGAAAGUGGUCAAGUUUCUCAUAAUACUAUCGAAUAUUUAGAGGAAGUGUUGGAAACUUUGAGUAAGAUUAUUUCAGUCAUUAAAUUAGAUCAUGAUGAAGCAAAGAAAUGUAUUCCAAAUAGCUCUGAAAUGACACCUGAAGAAUGUGCAUACCAUAUUCAAAAGAAUUAUGGAUUUCCAAUUGUAACAGUUACAAUGGGAUCAUCUGGUUGUGUUUGUGCUUGCGAAGGAGAAAAUAUUCAAUUGUCUUUGCCUAGGUUGAGAUCAAAUAGUUCAACACCAAUUGUUAAAUAUUUCUCUUCCUACAAACCAGUUAGAGUUUUGGACGAAACUGGAGCUGGUGAUACUUUUCUAUCUUGUUUUGUUGCUGAGUUACUUGUGAGGAAUUCAACAGCAAAUACUUCCAACAAACUUUCAUUUUCAAGCGAACAAGUAUUUGAAAGUGUGAAAUUAGCUUGUAGUGCCACUUCAUUUAGAGUUGAACAGAGAGGACUCAACGGUUUCUCAACAAGAAUUCAAGCUCAACAACGAGUCAAUCAACAAACUGUAAAUAUGUAAAUACCAAUUGUUUAUUUUUUUUCA